GCGGGUUUCCUAGGCAACCGCAGUGGGCGGUCAGUACACAGCAGGCCCGGGGCUGGAAAGCGUGUGGUAUCAGCUGCACACAGGGAUUGGGAGGUCGGAGUGCACUCUGACCUGUCUUGGACAGCCCCGGAAUCCAUUCUCUCUCUGGAAUAAGAUAUAUUAGUAUGACCAUUGUUUUUUAAAGGAAGAUGAUUGAAAGUGAAAACUUAACUUCAAGUGACAUCAUUAAAGAACUGUGUUUGUGCAAUGGUUUAUCUUAUGAGAUGCUUGGACAAGAAGGAUCAGAUACUUCGAAACUGGAGAUGUUUUUCUCAGGGUAUCCCCGUAUAGUUGGAUUAUCAUUGUUUCCUAGCUUAUCGAGUCUUACAAUUGUUGCUCAAGAUAUAAAGGAAAUUUCAGGGUUGGAGACUUGUUCACAACUUAAAGAACUUUGGAUUGCUGAAUGCUGCAUAGAGAAAAUUGAAGGUCUUCAAGAAUGUAGAAAUUUGGAAAAAUUAUAUUUAUAUUACAAUAAAAUUUCCAAAAUACAAAAUUUAGAGAAAUUAAUAAAACUGGAAGUUCUUUGGCUGAACCACAAUAUGAUAAGUAAUAUUGAGGGCUUACAGACGCUGAAGAACUUAAAAGACCUCAAUCUUGCAGGAAACCUGAUAAGCAACAUUGGUCCAUGUCUUGACCCCAAUGAACAACUGGAAAAACUAAACCUUUCUGGAAACCAAAUUACUUCUUUCAAGGACCUUACGAACUUGACCAGGCUGCCUCGCUUACAGGAUCUGUCUCUGAAUGAUCCUCAGUACAAAACCAACCCAGUCUGCCAGCUGUGUAACUACUCUACCCACGUGCUCUAUCACUUGCCUUCUCUUCAACGACUCGACACGUUUGAUGUCUCAGCAAAGCAGAUCAAGGAGCUGGCAGAUACCACAGCGAUGAAGAAAAUAAUGUAUUAUAACAUGCGAAUAAAAACUGUUCAGAGACAUCUGAAUGAAGAACUUGAAAAACUGAAUGACAAAAAAUGCAAGUUACAGAAGCUACCAGAAGAACGGAUAAAAUUAUUCAACUUUGCAAAAAAAACCUUAGAACGGGAAUUGGCCGAACUCAAGGGACCUGCUAAAGGGCAAAAUGACAACGCACCAGAGGCCGAGAAACCCAAGACUAGCGAGACUGUUGCACAAGAUUCAGGUCUUCAGCAGAAGAUCCUCACCAAACUGACUGCCCUGGAUGAAAGGGUUACAUUCUGGAACAAGAAACUAAAUGAAAUUGAAGCAAUUUAUCAUAUUGAAGUAAAACAGAAGAGGAAGAGCCACGGCUUAUUGACCCCAUUUUUGCUGACCGAGCUGGAGACCGUGGGGAACAUCCAUUUUGAAGAAGGCACGCGAGCUGAUGACUGGUUUAAUUCCUGCUAUGAACUAAUUCUCUCACGUUUCUGUACCUGGGACUUCAGAGCAUAUGGAAUCACAGGAGUGAAAGUCAACCGCGUCAUUAAAGUUAACAACCGUAUGCUGAGACUGAAAUUUGAAGAGAAAUUCCAAAAGUGUUUGGAUCAUGAAGAUAUGCACGAUUUGGAGAGCUAUCGGAAGAUGCUGGAGUGUCUGUUUUAUGUUUUUGAUCCUGAAGUGACAGUGAAGAAGAAGCACCUGCUGCAAAUCCUUGAAAAGGGAUUCCAGGAGAGUGAGACAAGCAAGGUAGUGUCCGUCACUCCCCCUCUCAGGACCGAAGCCGUCACCCUUGUGAACAGCCUCAGUAUGUGUGAGUGCCCCCGAAUUGAGUUCCUCCAGCAGAAGUGUAAGGAGGAGAUGAGAAGUCUGGCAGACUGCGACCUCUUCAGACACGGCACCAUCCUCAUUUCGAAGGUUUUCCUUGGCCAGAGUGUUCAGGCUCGUGAACAGGAGCCCAUCAGUAAAGCCAACUACCCCACAGUUAACUCAGUGUUCAUGCCUCAGAGACAUUUGCUAGAUUCUAUCCUGGGACAAAGACAUUGCGAUUGUGGCUAUCGGCAGUACAAGUGGUUUGUCUUUGACCAUGACCUUGUUUUGCCAGAGUACAUCGUUGAAUUUGAGUAUCUCACAGUGGUCAAAGUUCACUCUUUAUUUUCUACAUUAAACACUGUUAUUCUAGAAGAAGGCAAAAAAUAUUCUGAAGGAUUAGUAUUCUCACAGGAUUUGAAAUUUGAUGAUGAGGUUAUGAAGAUGGAGCCCAAGAUUAAACCCCGCCCAAAACUCAUUAGUUUGGAUGAUAAGACGAUAAUUUCCCUUGCUAAGACUAACGUUUACAGUCAUAUUGUGAAUCUGAAUCUACACGGGAAUAGCUUGAGUAAACUGAGAGAUCUUUCCAAGUUAACUGGACUUCGAAAACUGAAUAUUAGUUUUAACGAAUUUACUUGCUUAGAUGAUGUGUACCAUUUGUAUAACCUUGAGUAUCUGGAUGCCAGCCAUAACCACGUGAUAACUCUGGAGGGAUUCAGAGGCCUGAUGAAACUGAAGCAUUUGGACUUGAGCUGGAACCAGCUGAAGAAGACUAGUGAGGAGAUCAACGUGUUGUGCAAACACACCACGAGCCUUCUCACCCUUGACAUUCAGCACAACCCCUGGCAGAAGCCAACCACAUUGAGGCUGAGUGUUAUUGGCAGACUAAAGACUCUUACGCACUUAGAUGGACUCCUCAUCUCUGAAGAAGAAACCAAAGCAGCUCUGAAGUUCAUUAAUGGAGCAAAGAUUACUCAGUUAACUCUCUUACAGAACUCUAGUUCUAAGGAGGAAAGACCUCGGAUGCUUAGUAUAUGGCCUUCUGCCAAAAUUCUGACACAGAUUUACAAGUUAGGACCACAUUUUCAUCUGACUGGGAACUGGUACGCGAAGAUAACUGCCUUAAAUUUAGAUGGACAACAUCUCUUUGAAAUCACAAAUCUAGAAAAAUUGGAGAAUUUGAAAUGGGCAUCAUUCAGCAAUAAUAACCUCUCCAAAAUGGAAGGCUUGGAGUCCUGUGUCAACCUGGAGGAGCUCAUAUUGGAUGGCAACUGUAUCUCAAAAAUAGAAGGCAUCGCCCGGCUGACUAAAUUAAGUCGCCUCAGCAUGAACAACAACCUCCUCACUGGCUUGGAGAAGCAUACUUUUGAUAACAUGCUUCAUCUCCACUCCCUUUCUCUCGAGAACAACAGGAUCACAUCGCUGAGUGCUUUACAGAAGAUGUUCACUCUGAUAGAGUUGUACCUAAGCAAUAACUACAUAGCUGUGAAUCAAGAGGUCUACAACUUAAAGGGUUUAUGCAACUUGGUCAUUCUAGACAUGUAUGGAAACAUUAUUAUAUGGAAUCAGGAAAACUACCGGUUGUUUGUAAUAUUUCAUCUUCCGGAACUGAAGGCCUUGGAUGGAAUCUCAAUUGAACCUCCGGAGAUCGAGAAUGCAAAAGAUUUGUUUGGUGGUAGGCUUACGUCUGACAUGAUUGCUGAACGCCAAGGCCACUCAAACUUUGUCCAAAUGCAAGAACUAAACUGGACUUCAUCAUCCAUCAGGACUGUGGAUCUGAUUCCAGUUGACCACUUUAGGAACGUGUGCAACGUGAACCUGCAGAACAACAACCUCACCUCCUUCAGCGGCCUCAUCUACCUGCCCAAUGUGAAGGUGUUAUGCCUCAACUAUAAUCAUAUUGAAUCAAUCAUACCUAGACUGAAACCUCAGACUCACUUAAGCAACAGACAGCUACUCUACCAGAAAGUGCCUUCUAGUGGCUAUGGACAGCAAGGAGCCUCAAAACUAAACAGAGAUGCAAUGAACAAUGAAAAUUUGCCUCCAAUAAUGCAAAGUUUAGAGGUUCUUCAUUUGGGAUACAAUGGAAUUUGUAACUUAGUCCAGCUACAACUGAACAGACUAAGAAACUUAAAAUUCCUCUUUCUACAGGGAAAUGAGAUCAGCCAGGUGGAAGGGCUGGACAACUUGGUCGUCCUUCAGGAGCUGGUUGUCGACCAUAACCGCAUCCGAGCAUUUAACGACAGCGCCUUCGCCAAGCCGAGUUCCCUGCUGACCCUUCAUCUAGAGGAAAACAGACUGAGAGAGCUGGGCAAGCUGCAGUCUUUGGUCAAACUGGAGAAACUCUUCCUAGGCUAUAACAAAAUCCAGGAAAUCACAGAACUGGAAAAACUUGAUGUCAUCCCUUCUCUCAGAGAGCUUACUGUCUAUGGCAAUCCAAUUUGUAGAAAAAUGGUACACCGCCAUGUGGUCAUAUUCCGCCUGCCUAAUUUACAGAUGUUGGAUGGAAUCCCUAUAAAUGCAGAUGAUAGGGCGAAGGCUGAGUUUCAUUUCUCUGAACUACAAGCAAAGAAAAAUUUGAUAAUCCAGAGUAAUCUCCCCACUUCCAAGUCCUUACCUCAGUCACACCUGCAAGCUCCUUUGCCAUGUAAGCUCGUGCCCGUUACCAGCUCUCCUACAGACGGUGGAUCCCUCUGCCACGUUAAAGCCUCUCCCAUUAAAAUAACCAACGUUAUUCUGCCUGCUGGAUUUAGCCAUUUCUUGGGACCUGACUUCACCUUAACUCCUGAAGUUGAAGAAAAACAAACAAAACAAGAACAGACGCAUUCUGAAAAAUAAUCUUUGGAGCUUCCAUAUAGAAACAGCUUUGUGGCAACUCAGAGGAAUAAUCUCUCUCCUCUUUUAUCACAUCAGAACAUUACAUCUCCAACUGCACAAAUGUACCAGAUCCAUCAAGACGGAGGAGGGUAAAGCUAUCUGUGUGUUGCUAGCAUUCUUCUCUGUGUGAAAACUCUCCAAACUUGCUAACCAUGUAUAAAAAUAGUGGCUGUUGCCAUAUAUGUUAUAGCUUACUUUGCUUGCUGGGAAAAAAAAAAAAAAAAAAAAAACUCUUAACAUAGGACCUCCUUCGCACAUACAUGAAACCUUUGUCAAAACCUCAUAGUUUUGUAUAACAAUUCAAAGGUUUAAAAUGACAAUUAAGAUUGAACAAUGUUCCAAACAUAGGAAGUAGUCACUAGUGAGAACACAUCGAAAUAACUCCAGAGCAGCCACUGUUGUGUGCUCUCUCGACUCACCGCACUCCAGGAGUGUGGAAUGCCGCUCACGUGUAUUUUCAACAGCAAAUAAAUUUGACACUCAGAAAUUGUGAAGGCAGAGAAUUUUGUAAAUAUUCCAAGCUUUCUUUAAAAUUCCCUCUCGCCUUGUCUCCAGUGUUGACCCACCCCCCAGUCCAACUCUAUUAUAAGAACGUCCCCCCCCCUUUGUGCUCACUUGGAGUGGGCUCCACUGUGCAACACCUCCCUGCCUGAAUUUCCAAGAACUGCCCAUCGUCCUCCAGCCUCUUCACAGCUCCACCCCUACAGCUCCAGCUUGCUGAACUCACUCCCAGGCUGCAGUCAGUUGUCUGGGUGAAUCUCCAGGCUGUUAUAAUUUCUAAACAGUCAAAAUGAGGUUCUAUCCUUCACAUUGUCUUUUGGGAACUGGAUGUAUAUACAAUGCACUGACCUCAAAGUUACCUCCAGUUAUCUGAACCAUUAAGUUGGUAAGCGGCCAUUAUGUGAUUUGAUACCUACCUUGUUCCUUAAAGAAUUCCUGGGUGUAACUACCUAAAUAUAAAUGAGCAUGAACCAGCAAACAUUUAUAUUAGCUGUCACGAAAAAGCUGGAAGACGGCAGUCAGUAAAAACACUUAGGUUACUGGUAUAGCUGAGGUACUUCAGUUCCAUAUGAAGAUGCUGCCCUUGCUUAAUCUGAUUUAAUGCUAUUGGUCUUAAACUUCAUGGGUAUUUUAGGUACUUGCCCCCAAUUUCUGUAACAGUCAUGAGCUACUUAUUAUAGUACACAACCAUCUCAGAAGAUAAAAGUGAUAGGACAGGAAACAAAUUCUAGAAAUCCAAAUGUUUGCUUCCAGCGUUAGAAGCAGUUAGUUCUGAAAUCUCAUUGUGGUCUGUCCUAUGAAGACUUUCACUAUUGAAUCGCUGCUCAAUUAGAAUUACAUGAAACUCCAUUUUAUUGGAAUUUUGAUUAAUUAUUAAAGGUCAAAACUCAGUUUGAACAGGUCUUUUUCAGCCUGAGACUGCUUGUACAAUCACACCACUACAAACACAACCGUUUGUAUAGGAAAUAAGAUUGCUGUAACUCUGAGACCAGGAGCCAGCAAAGCAAACAUAACCAUUGCUAAAGCAAGGUGAGUUUUGCCACUCUUUAGUGCUAUGCUUUGCAAGGGGAGAAAAGAAAGACCCUUAAGCCAGGAGAGCCGUCAAACCCGGUUAGAGAUCAGUGUAAAAAGUGGGCAUCUUUGCUAGCUCCUAAAUGUAGCCAGCUAUGGGCACUCAGAGUUACAGUUGAGUCUUAAUUCCUAUUCAAGCGAUUGCGUCUGUAGUGAUAUGAUUUUACAAGCAGUUUCAGGCUAAAAGAAUACACAUUCAAAACUAAGUUUUGACCUUUAAUAAUUACAUUUCAUCUGAAAUUUUGCUAAAUUUUUAUAUUGUCUAAAAUAGCACAAAACAAUCAAAUAAGGGUUUGACUUUGGUUGUUAAAUAAAGUUUUUUAAAUUGAUGACUAAUGAACUGGGGAUGUGACUCAGGUGCUGGAGUGCUUGCCUAGCCUAGCAUGCACAAAGCCCUGGGUUCAAUCCGCAUCCCAGCAUCAACUAGGCAUGGUGGCAAACAAUUAUCAGGGGAGUGAGGCAGAAAGAUGAGACAUUCAAGGUCAUCCUUGGUUAUAUAGUGAGGUUGAUGCCCACCUGAGCUACAAGAGACCCUGUCUCAGAAAAAAUGGUGAAUAAGUUGCCAGUCAUAUUUUGAUAUAAAUAGGCUGCACAAUUCAGAAAGUACCCUAUGUUCAAAGUAUUGACUCUACAUUGCAUAUAAUUUCAUAGUACUGCAAUGUUACUUGUAUAAACAUAAGGCGUCUUCAUCCGACUGUGCAUACCCUAUAAUCUACCUGGAAAUAGUUCCAAAGGUAUUUUGGAAACUAUCAUUCCAAUAUGCAUGCAAAAACUUUUUAAUCCUUUAAAUACUGGUUUUUGUAAAUUAAUCAUGUAAUACGUUAAAUUUUAAACCUAAUUACAGAUUGAUUUUGCACUUCUUGACCUGUGGUUUUUAAAUAGUUAUUGCAUUCAGGCCUUUGUUCAGAGAAUAACUGUGCAGUUCUGAAGAUGUCCAGAAGGUGUCUGGGUUGCACUGCAGUUCCAACAUUGCAAUGUCUGACAGUGUGUGCACCCAUCAUAAAAUUAGGACUCCAUACUCUGUUUCCUUUUAUGAUUAGAAAUGAAUAUCAAACUUUUAAAAUAAAAUGUGUCUUUUUAAAAUACUAGGAAAAAUACGUGUAAUAGGUUUUCACUGGGGAAAAGUGUUUAGGAACAGAAAAAUAUAAAGCAGAAAAGAAUAACUUUUACCACAUCUAUUUAACAUUCUGGGAUUUUUUUUCUCCUAUGGAUUUUUCAUAAAUGUUGUGUUUUAUUUUUAUGUUCAUUUUUUUAAUUCAGGGAUAUCUUAUAAAUAUUAUUUUAACUACAUCUGAAUUUCUUAUUGAACAUAAAAAAUUUUAAUACAUAACUUAAUAGUGACACAAAGAAUAAUAAUAAACAUGAGUUUAGGCAUUGCCAGGCACUGUACAGAAUACAGUGAACACAUAGCUAGCCUUCAGUAGCUUUUCAUGUAAAUUAUGGUGAUUUUUAUAUGAAAACAAUAAGGGGGUGAUUCUGAACAUGAUUUGGCACAGCAGAUCAUAUUUUUUUUUCUGUAGCGCGAAUCUUAAAAGGUCUUAUUAAUAAAAUCAAACCUGAAGCCAGGUAUUGGGGUGAAUGCUGAAAGAUCAGAGAAGCAGAACAAGCCACAGCCAUCUCACCUUGCCAGUUCCUCAGCUGAUCCUGUUUCCUCAGACUGGAAACCUCUGAGUCCUCAUCCAAAUGGAUCUCAGCUGAACUGCUGCUCAAAAGCCUAAAAGCUUAACCAAGCUCUAGUUCCUGGUCCUCAUGCUUUAUAUAUCUUUCUGCCUCCUGCCAUCACUUCCUGGGAUUAAAGGCGUGUGUCACCAUACCUGGCUGUUUCCAGUGUGGCUUUAAGCUCACAGAUCCAUCCAGAUCUCUGCCUUUGGAGUGCUAGGAUUAAAGGCAUGUGUGCCACCAUUUUUUGGCCUCUAUGUCUAUCUAGUGGCUUUUCUGUCAUCUGACUCCAGAUAAGUUUAUUAAGUGCACAAUAUAUUGGGGGACACAAUAUAUCACCACAUUUUUCUGCCAUGAUAGCAGAUGUCACUGAUGUGAUGCACAGCUCCUCUGGGACUAUCGAGUAGGUGAAGCUACAUGUUAUUCAUAGGCAAUAAUUUGUCUCCAUCCCGUUCCUAUUUAAUGAAACGAACAAAAUAUCUGAUGUUUUUAUGAGAAUGUAACUGAUGUUUUUAAUAGGAGUGAUUGUAGAUGUCUUCUAUUCCUGGCACACAUUUUGAAUGACUUAUUCUAAUACUCUUACUAGAUAGGCAUGGCAUGUACUAUCUCUUUAAAGAAUGUGUAGCAUACAAAAAGGAUGAUAUAUAACAUGUCUAAUCUUAGAUUUUUUUCAACUCCAAAUCCAUUGCUUUUUCAAAUACACAUGAAUUAGCAAUUAAUAAUUACAUGCUAUUUAGCCAGCAGCUUGUGUAAGCUUUCUAUAUAGCUAAUGUACAUAAAGACUAUAAACUAUUUCAUUCUUCGAUAUAUUUGGCUUGAAUAAAAAGUAUAACUUCUACAAUGCAAGUAUUAUUUCUUUGUUCUCAGUAAAUACCUUGAUAGACAUAUUUUUACAUGCAGUCGAUCAAAUGCAUUGUGACUUGAUUUUCAAUCCCACAAGCAAUCGGGAAUGUGAGAAAUUAACACGUUUUAAUUACAGAGCAGGAGCCUAUGAUGCUGAACUGAAAGUGGAUGAUGGUAAGUCAAUCUUCUGCUAUCUACAAAUGACAAUUAACUGUAAUUAUAAUUGUUCAGUAAGGAUCUUAUCGCUCACUCUAAUUUACAACCCUAGAGUCUUCUAUUGAAUUAACUAUGAUUGUAAAUAUUUUUGUCUAAAAUAUGCAUGAUGUCCUGUUGAACAGGUGUACAGUGCAUAUAUGUUUAUAGCUUUAAAGUAAUCCUGUACUUGCAACAUGCAUUAUAUUCCUACCCAUAAGCUAUCAUACAUUAUAAGAAGCAGUCAAUGUUUUAAAAUAUUAGAUCUUAAUUACAGCUUCAGAGAAAUGUUACGACAUAAAAGGAAAUAAAUUAUUCUUAGUUAUGAAUAGAAACAGCAACUAUGGUCAAAUUCCUUUGGUUAUUAAGUGGAUCUAAUUAAGUCAGUUUGUUUAUGGACUAGACACUGAUUUUUCAUCAGAAAAAGUUGCCUCUGCCAAAGCCCUAGAGAUUCCAAACAGCCUUGGAGCACUUAA